CGGAAGUUGCAGCCGGGAAGCCAGCGAGGUCGGUUCCGCCCGACUCUAACAUGGCGGCGCCCUUUGUCUGCUCUGAAGUGCCGUCCCUGGCCUUCUCGCGGCCGUGAUGCACCUCCUCCUGCGGUGGGGUCCGGGACAUGGCAGCCAUGGACUUCCCCCAGCACAGCCAGCACGUCCUGGAGCAGCUGAACCAGCAGCGGCAGCUGGGGCUUCUGUGUGACUGCACCUUUGUAGUGGACGGUGUUGACUUCAAGGCCCACAAGGCGGUGCUGGCAGCCUGCAGCGAGUACUUCAAGAUGCUCUUUGUGGACCAGAAGGACGUGGUGCACCUGGACAUCAGUAACGCGGCAGGCUUGGGGCAGGUGCUGGAAUUCAUGUACACAGCUAAGCUGAGCCUGAGCCCCGAGAACGUGGACGAUGUGUUGGCCGUGGCCAACUUCCUCCAGAUGCAGGAUGUCAUCACAGCAUGCCAUGCCCUCAAGUCACUCGCCGAGCCGGCCACCAGCGCUGGGGAACAUACAGAGGCCUUGACCGCGGAAGGAGGGGACAAGAGAGCCAGAGAGGAGAAGGCUGCUGCCGCCACGCUGAGCAGGCUGGACCAAGCAGGGAGCAGCCCACCUGCAGGCCCAGGGCGAGAGCUCAAAGAGGAGCGGGGCGGCCAGGCUGGGAGUGCCACCAGCGGUGCAGAGCAGACGGAGCGGGCUGACGCGCCUCGAGAGCCCCUGCCCGUGGAGCUCAAGCCAGACCCCACGAGCGGCAUGGCUGCUGCAGAGGCUGAGGCCGCCUUGUCAGAGAGCUCAGAGCAAGAAAUGGAGGUGGAGCCGGCCAGCAAAGGAGAAGAGGAGCGGGAAGAGGAGGGCACGGGGCCAGGGGUGGUGAAGGAGGAGGGGCCUCAGCUGGAGAAUGGAGACGCCCCGGAGGAGAACGAGGAAUCAGCAGGCACAGACUCGGGGCAGGAGCUCAGCUCAGAGGCCCGGAGCCUGCGUUCAGGCACCUAUGGGGACCGCACUGAGUCCAAGGCCUAUGGCUCCGUCAUCCACAAGUGCGAGGACUGUGGCAAGGAGUUCACGCACACGGGGAACUUCAAGCGGCACAUCCGCAUCCACACGGGGGAGAAGCCGUUCUCGUGCCGGGAGUGCAGCAAGGCCUUCUCGGACCCCGCUGCGUGCAAGGCGCACGAGAAGACGCACAGCCCCCUGAAGCCCUACGGCUGUGAGGAGUGCGGCAAGAGCUACCGGCUCAUCAGCCUGCUGAACCUGCACAAGAAGCGGCACUCCGGCGAGGCGCGCUACCGCUGCGAGGACUGCGGCAAGCUCUUCACCACUUCCGGCAACCUCAAGCGACACCAGCUGGUGCACAGCGGGGAGAAGCCCUACCAGUGCGAUUAUUGUGGCCGCUCCUUCUCCGACCCCACGUCCAAGAUGCGCCACCUGGAGACCCACGACACUGACAAGGAGCACAAGUGCCCUCACUGUGACAAGAAGUUCAACCAGGUGGGGAACCUGAAGGCCCACCUGAAGAUCCAUAUCGCGGACGGGCCUCUCAAGUGUCGGGAGUGUGGGAAGCAGUUCACCACCUCAGGGAACCUCAAGCGGCACCUUCGGAUCCACAGCGGGGAGAAGCCCUAUGUGUGCGUCCACUGCCAGCGACAGUUCGCUGACCCCGGUGCUCUGCAACGGCAUGUCCGCAUCCACACCGGCGAGAAGCCUUGUCAGUGCGUAAUGUGCGGCAAGGCCUUCACCCAGGCCAGCUCCCUCAUCGCCCACGUGCGCCAGCACACUGGGGAGAAGCCCUACGUCUGUGAGCGCUGCGGCAAGAGAUUUGUCCAGUCCAGCCAGUUGGCCAAUCACAUCCGGCACCACGACAAUAUCCGCCCACACAAGUGCAGUGUGUGCAGCAAGGCUUUUGUCAACGUGGGGGACCUGUCCAAGCACAUCAUCAUCCAUACUGGAGAGAAGCCUUACCUGUGUGACAAGUGUGGCCGCGGCUUCAACCGGGUGGACAACCUGCGCUCCCACGUCAAGACUGUGCACCAGGGCAAGGCUGGCAUCAAAAUCCUGGAGCCAGAGGAGGGUGGCGAGGUCAGCGUGGUCACUGUGGAUGACAUGGUCACGCUGGCCACUGAGGCACUGGCAGCAACGGCCGUCACUCAGCUCACAGUGGUACCAGUGGGGGCUGCGGUGACAGCUGAUGAGACGGAGGUACUUAAAGCCGAGAUCAGCAAGGCCGUGAAGCAAGUGCAGGAGGAAGACCCCAACACCCACAUCCUCUACGCCUGUGACUCCUGCGGGGACAAGUUCCUGGAUGCCAACAGCCUGGCUCAGCAUGUUCGGAUCCACACCGCCCAGGCACUGGUCAUGUUCCAGACUGACGCGGACUUCUACCAGCAGUACGGGCCGGGCAGCACGUGGCCAGCCGGGCAGGUGCUGCAGGCCGGGGAGCUGGUCUUCCGCCCUCGGGACGGGACUGAAGGCCAGCCUGCAAUGGCAGAGACCCCACCCACAGCUUCUGAAUGCCCACCGCCUGCUCAGUGAGCAGGCAGCCCUUCUCUUGACUGUUUAUUUAAGGAUGGAUGGCACCCUGGAACUGGAAAGGGCGGCCCAUUCCCUAGAGAGAAUAAAUUUGAUUAUUUUCUAA